AUGAAUUUUUUAAGCAAUUUAUUCCAAAGAGCCACAACAAUAAACUACAGAGCUCCUCAAAUAUUAUCAGUGUUACAUACACCACCAGUUACUGGAUUAACUAUAGUACCUUCUAGAGGAUUCAAAGUUUUUGGAAAAGUAAGAAAGCGUUGCAAGGAUUGUUACUUUGUUACCAGGGAUCAACGAUUAUACAAUUUAUGCAAAACUUUUCAAAAACAUAAGCAAAUGAGCAUCAGGCACACAGACAAGGCUUACUAUAUUCUCACAGGUGUACAGCAAAAAAAACAAAGGGAAUGGUGA